AUGAGCCAAAGGUUUAUUGUCCAUGGUCUCAAGACUGGAAAAGAAUAUGUGUUUAGGGUGAAGUCUGUGGGCCGAGCAGGAAACAGCAGCUAUUCAGAUGAGUCUCAGCCCAUACUCGUCAAAUCAGCCAUUCGUGUUCCUUCUGCUCCAUCUGCCAUCACCCUGCUGCUGUGCACUGGAUCAGAAAUGGUGUUGGGCUGGAGGGCCCCUGUGUGUAAUGGGGGAGCUUCUGUACGUGGCUACUACCUGGACCAGCGGGAAAAGGACAUGAAAAUGUGGAGAGAAGUCAACAUCAAGCCUACCAAAGAGAGACAGUUUAAGGUGUGCAACUUGUCUAGUGGGCAUUUCUACGAGUUCCGUGUGUUUGCUGCCAAUAUGGCCGGCGUCGGGAAGCCCUCUGAGCCCAGUGAAGCUUUCCUGUGUGAGAAGUGGACAAUGCCAGAGCCAGGUUGCCCCUAUGACCUGCAGGUCAGAGACGUGAGAAACAACUCCCUGGUGCUGCUGUGGGCCGCUCCAUUAUAUGAAGGGCAAAGCCCUGUCACUGGGUAUUUGCUGGAAAUCAGCCAGGGUGACCAAUCAGACAACUGGACUGCUUUGAAUGACAAGCCCAUCUCUGACACACAAUACAAGGUGUCAGAUCUUCAAGCAGGUCAGACGUACCGCCUCCGUGUAUCUGCUGUCAAUGAGGCUGGAGUGGGCUGUGCCUCCCUGCCCUCUGAGCCAGUCACAGCCCAGAUUAAACCAGGCACCAAAAAUAUUGAGAUUGGUGUGGACAGUGAUGGCUUCAUAUGUAUGAGCUACGAGGCUGAUGAGAUGAACGAUGAGAGCCAGUUCCUCUGGAACAAGAAUUACACAGAGCCCAUUGAUGCCAGCAGAGCCCGAGCAGAAACCAAAAACAACAGGUCAGUCCUCACCUUCACUGAUCCCACUGAGGAGGAUCUGGGUCUCUACACAGUAGAGAUAAGUGACAACCCCAACCUAUCAUCCAGCUACGACUUCACUGCUGAAGACCUUGAACGACUCCGAGAGCUCAGCUGGCAAGUCAGAAAUCCAUUGAUAGCUCUGAAGUCUGGCUGGCAGGUGGAGGUUACAGAUAAAGGUGGUGUGCGUCUUUGGCUUCAGACAGAGAGUCUGAGUGAUGAUGCUGAGCUCCGUCUCAUCUUCAAUGACCAAGAAAUCUCCAGCACUCCGCACCGUAAGAUCAACUUUGACAAGGCCAAAGGUCUGGUGGAAAUACUGUUUGAUCAGCUGUCCCGGGAGGAUGAGGGCUCGUACACAGCUCAGCUGAGGGACGGCCGCGCCAAGAGCCAGUUCACUUUGGUCUUUGUGGAUCAAAAGUUCCGUCAGGCGCUGGCGCUGGCUGACGCAAAACGACGUGACUAUCAGAGAAAGUCCGGACCCUAUUUUCAGGAAUUCUUGUCAUGGAGUGUAAAUGAGGACUGUGAACUGAUUAUAAAGUGCAAGGUGACAAAUACAAACAAGGACACAUCUCUCAAGUGGUUUAAAGAAGGCGUGCCAUUGAACCGGGUUGUGUAUGAUCAGUCGUCAGGGGUCAGCACACUCACCCUGCCACAGAUCACAAAGAAAGAAGCAGGCUCAUACAGAGCUGUGGUGUCUGAUAGAAGAGGAGAGGAUGUCAGCACCUUAGAGUUACUGAAUGAUGAGUAUGAGAAGCUUCUGCAGCACUUGAGUAAACAGUGUGCCUUGUCAGCUGGUCCACUGAGUGUUGAAGGCACCGCUGAAGGCUUCAGGCUCUACUGCUCACUCAAAUAUUAUAUAAGCUACCUGAAGACCAGCUGGUACUUCAAGGAGAAAAGGAUUGACCAGGAAGCCAGGACAAGGCCUGGCAGCAGUAUGCAGAGAGUCUGGAUUGAAAUCUUCAACCCAACAGAGAAUGAUAAAGGCAAAUACACUUUGGAGAUGUAUGAUGGGAAAGAGACACACAAACGAUAUCUUGACCUGUCUGGACAAGCCUUUGCUGACACCUUGCUGGAGCACCAGAGGCUGAAGCAACUGGCCAUUGCUGAGAAAAAACGGGCUAAAGUGACAAGAGGUCUUCCUGAUGUUGUAGCCAUCAGAGAGGGCAAGACUCUGUGUUUGACAUGUUUCAUCGACGGUGAACCAGCUCCAGAGGUCUUCUGGUUUCGUAAUGACAGGGAGAUUGCUAACCAGAACCAAUUUACCAUUACUAAAGAGCCCAAGUGCAGCACCAUCACUGUUAGCAAUGUCACCAUGGAAGAUUCUGGGACGUACAGUAUUACCGUACAAAACCAGUAUGGGUCUGAGACAGUUGAAGUGACUGUGAGUGUUUACAGAUAUGGUGAGAAGAUUCCAACAAACGCUGUGGAGAUGGGUUAAGACUGAACACUGAAUUCAGAAAUUAAUCUUAUGCUUCAGAUUGAGGGUUUUUUUUUAACUGAGGAUUAGUCUAUAGAUAGAUAGAUAUUCUCUCUGUGUACUUUUGACUAUAUUUAAAAACAUUUAAUCCAAGGUCAGCGUUUGCAGGCCUGGUCCUGUGAAGGAGAUGUAGAAUUGCAGAGUGCUGUUUGUCAAACUUUGUUAAAUGGACUUCAUGGACAUUUGACAUAGCCUACUGUUUCUUUAUUGAAGUGAGACUAUAUUAUAUAUAAUAUAGUUAUAUCAUUUUUGAAAGAAAAAUAACACUGCUUCUCUUUUACAGAUAAAAUUCAUUAGCAAUGACAUGCACCAUUGUUCAUUUUAAUAUGUUCUGAGGAUUUGCUGCUGCACCUUUUUUUGGGGGGGUUUGAUAUGUCCAGGUAUGUUAGCUAAUGUUAGUUAGCAGUAGCUCCUAUAUUGAUAGCUAACAUUAGCUUACAUUACCUUAUCUAAUAAUAAUGCUAUGGCCACAGCAGCCAUUGCUCAGUUACAGACUUGACUUAAUUGUCAUGAUGCAGCUGUUAAAACACAAACUGCAAGCCCCUCAGCUACUGGAAUGAGCGUUUGGUGAAUUAGAUAUGUAAUUUGUUUGUGUG